AUGUCCGACGUCAAAGAUACCGAGGCGCCCACCGACGCCCACAGGGAGGACAAGGAGGUUGGUGCCUUCGAGGUGGAUGAUAUCAAGGACACCAAGGAGGACUUCGAGAUGAAUGAAGCCGCUAUGGACGCGGAGCUUUCACAGCUCGAGGACCAGCUGCAAACGCUGCCCAAGCCCUUCUUCGAGGUGACCAUGAACAACCCCGCCUUGUUCACCUACGUUCUUGUCGCCUUUGCCUCCAUGGGAGGUCUGCUUUCUGGUCUGGAUCAGUCCCUGAUCUCUGGUGCCAAUCUCUUCCUGCCCAAGGACCUCCACCUGAGCGACUCGAUGAACAGUCUCGUCAAUGCCGGUAUGCCUCUUGGUGCCGUGGCUGGUGCCCUGAUCCUUUCGCCCUCGAACGAAUAUCUCGGUCGUAAGAUGUCUAUUAUUGUCUCUUGUAUCCUCUACACCAUCGGUGCCGCCCUGGAGGCUGGUGCCAUCAACUUUGGCAUGAUCUUCUCUGGUCGUUUCAUUCUUGGUAUGGGUGUCGGUCUUGAGGGUGGUACUGUGCCUGUCUAUGUCGCCGAGUGUGUCCCUACUCGCAUCCGUGGUAACCUCGUCUCUGCCUACCAACUCAACAUUGCCAUUGGUGAAGUCCUGGGCUAUGCUGUCGCCGCCAUAUUUGUCGACGUCAAGGGCAACUGGCGCUACAUUCUUGGUUCCUCCCUGGUCUUCUCCACCAUCCUGCUGGUUGGUAUGGUCUUUAUGCCUGAGAGUCCGCGUUAUCUGAUGCACAAGGGCCGCGACGUGGCGGCCUACUCCGUCUGGAAGCGCAUCCGUGGCUUCAACGACUACGACUCCAAGGAUGAGUUCCUCGGAAUGCGCCAGGCUGUCACUGCCGAGAGCGAAGAACAAGCCAGCACCGGCAAGUACGCCUGGAUGGACUUCUUCAAUAAGCCUCGUGCCCGCCGCGCCAUCGUCUACGCCAACGUCAUGAUCUUCCUGGGCCAGUUCACUGGUGUCAACGCCAUCAUGUACUACAUGUCCACCUUGAUGGCAGCCAUCGGCUUCGACGAGCGCACUUCCGUCUUCAUGUCUCUUGUUGGCGGUGGCUCGCUGAUGCUGGGCUGUAUCCCCGCCGUGUUGUACAUGGAGAAAUUCGGCCGUCGCUACUGGGCUAACGCCAUGCUGCCUGGCUUCUUCAUCGGCCUUAUUCUCGUCGGCGUGGGCUACACAAUUGACUACAAGAAAUACCCCGCUGCCGCAGAGGGUCUCUACAUGACGGGUAUCAUCCUGUACAUGGGCUUCUUCGGUUCCUACGCUUGUCUCACCUGGGUCGUGCCGUCCGAGGUGUUCCCCACUUACCUUCGUCACUACGGAAUGACCACUGCCGACGCCAACUUGUUCCUGUGUUCUUUCAUCGUGACCUACAACUUCACCGGCAUGAUGAAGUCCAUGACUCGCAUUGGUUUGACCCUCGGAUUCUACGGUGGUAUUGCCGUGGUCGGAUGGUUCUAUCAGAUCAUCUUCAUGCCUGAGACUAAGAACAAGUCCCUCGAGGAGAUUGAUGAGCUCUUCUCCAAGCCGACCUCCGUUAUCGUGAAGCAGAACCUCAAGCAGACUUCUAUAGUCAUCAAGGAUCUGAUGCACUUCCGUUUCAAGAAGGUUUUCUCGCCUGAGCCUUACAAGGCCAACUAA